AUGAUCGUUAGUCCUCUCCCAUCGCAAGACCACCACCACACCUCUAAACUAGCCCUCAGUCAAUCCUCAACCCGUUAUUUCCAUCUCUCCAACAUGAAGUUCCAAACCCCCCCAAUCGUCUCAAUCCUCCUAGCUGCUACAGCCUACGCCGCACCCGCCACCCGCCAUCAAACCAUCAACCCGGUUGCCAGACUCACCGCAAGAGACUCAAUCAACGACUGCGGCGACUCUUCCUUCACCAACGAGUCCACCGGCGGCGGAACUUGGGAAGUCGAUGGCCGUACACAGCACCAACUGGUCCAAUACGGCACUUGUGGGUUCGACGUCGAGACCAAAGCCAAAGGUUUCAAAAUCGGUAACCAGGAUAUCAUUGACUUGAUCAAUUCUUCUAUCGAACAGUUUCAGUGGAAUGGUGUGGUAGGUUCCAAGGGCGAUAUGUCCUGCCAGGACCUCAUUUCACAUGUAUCCGUUUUCUGGGGUCUUUACCACACUUAG